CGCCCGCCGUCCCGCUGGCCGGAAGAGCCCGGCGGCCGAGCCGCUGUGCCGGCGCCAGACGCCGUGGCGGCCACGCGGAGAGCGCCGGCUGCGCGAUGCGGCCCCUGGACGGCACCGGAGAGGCGGAGCCGCCGGAGUCCGGGCUGCCGCUGACAGACCACGCGCCCCCGGACGCCAGCGAGGAGCCGGCGGCCGCCGAGGCGGAGGAGACGCCCGGUCCCCGCAGGGGCUGGCUCUGCUGCUCCUCGCCGUGCGCGCAGCCGGAAGCCAAGAAGAAAGCACCCUGUCCUGGACUUGGCUUGUUUUAUACAUUAUUGUCUGCCUUCUUUUUCUCAGUGGGCUCUUUAUUUGUUAAAAAAGUGCAAGACGUCCAUGCUGUAGAAAUUAGUGUAUUCCGAUGUGUGUUCCAAAUGCUAGUCAUUAUCCCUUGUUUAAUAUACAGAAAGACUGGGUUUAUAGGCCCAAAAGGUCAACGAAUCUUCCUUGUUCUCAGAGGAGUCUUGGGUUCCACGGCUAUGAUUCUUGUAUACUACGCUUUCCAGUCCACGUCCCUGACUGACACAAUUGUUAUCACGUUUAGUUGUUCAGUAUUUACAACUAUACUUGCUUGCAUAUUUCUCAAGGAAAAAUACAGCGCCUGGGAUGCUCUCUUCACUGCUUUUACAGUCACUGGAGUGGUCCUUAUUGUGAGACCACCAUUCCUGUUUGGUUCAAGCACAGCAGGGAUGGAUGCAAACUAUUCGGUUCACCUGCAGGGCACGUUCGCAGCACUGGGACAUGCCUUGUUUGCUGCCAUGACUCUGGUUAUCCUGAGAAAGAUGGGGAAGUCUGUGGACUACUUCCUGAGCAUUUGGUACUAUGUGAUACUCGGCCUCGUUGAGAGCAUCAUCGUCCUCUUUGUAUUAGGAGAAUGGAGUCUGCCGUACUGUGGGUUGGACAGGCUGUUUCUCAUACUAAUCGGGCUGUCUGGUUUGGGGGGUCAGGUGUUUAUCACGAAAGCCGUUCAAAUAGAAAAAGCAGGGCCAGUAGCAUUAAUGAGGACUAUGGAUGUGGUCUUUGCUUUUAUCUUUCAGAUUGUUUUCUUUAACGAUGUUCCAACAUGGUGGACGGUGGGGGGUGCUCUUUGCGUAGUGGCUAGUAGUGCUGGUGCAGCCAUUCGUAAAUGGUGCCAGACUUCCAAAUGAAGUUAUUGCCGAAAUGUGUAUGGGAUUUUUUUUUUUUCAAGUACACUAUCACCCAGUUCAGACACACCACACAUGCCUGGAAAACCUGCUAUUUACUUUGUUGAUUAUAUUUAAUAAAUUUCACAAUUAAAGUACCAUUUUUGAAUAUGGUAUGUCUUUCAUUAGUUAAGAAUAGUCAGCAGUUUCACGUAGCAAUUUUUUUUUUUUGCAGUUUAUUGGUUUGGGUUUAUUUGUUUAGGUGUUGAUAAGAGGGCAGACCAUUAGAUUAAAAAAAUAAAAUUUUUUUUAUGACUAGUAUAAAUAUAUAAUUUUUAUUUGGUACUGAUGGGAUAUGAGUGGGAAAGUUAGGUGCUCUUUUAGCACUGUAGAGGCUAAGAAACUUAUUAAGAGUAAUGCUGCUAUAAUUAGUACUCUGUUUAUAAUUCAUUUGAAGCAUAACUCUAGGAGGCUAAAGCUGCAGCUUGGAAUAGGUGCCUACUUUAAUGGUGUUAAUACAAAGUAGCCUUAUUCUCAAGGCUUUUGUAAUGAUUAUUAUUCUUUUAAAUCGUAUUUGUGCCUUUUCAUUCAUAAUGCUAGAUCUUAAUACAUAAAUUUUCUUAAAAGUUUUUAAAUCACCAAACUUGGCUAAUUGUUUUCUGUUACAGUAGCAUUGGCAAUGGUAGCUUUUCUAUAAUGUAAGUUGGCCUCUGUUUCUUGAAACUGCACUAAGUUUUGCUUACCUUUCUAAGAUUUCAGGUCUUUAAAUUACAAGAGAAAUCUUGGCAUGGCCAAUGUGUACAUUUCCAUCCGGAAGUGUUUUCUCCUAACUAGAAAUGUGAUAUUCUUUAAAUUCUCUUUGAAUUUAUAGUAUGAUGUCAAAUAAAAUUUUCUCAGGAUUUUAUUAGGUUGAACCAUAAAAAAUUGCUGAGAUUUUACCUUUUUAACUUAAAAAAAUCAUGACUCUUAUGGUUCACUAAUAGAUACCUCCCUUACUCUCUACACCAAAUACUUAGAUUUUGGAAUAUGUGUUUUUAAAACAACUUUUUAAAAUACAAUUAUCUUAUAAACUUUUUUUUGUAGUCUUUUUCCCUUAAGGAAUUCUAUGUAGUAAUGCUUCGUGUUAUAUGUUAAAUGUAAAGAACUGUGAGUCCAUGGUUGAUUGAUUUUUCUUGUUUCUCGAAUAGAAAAGAAAUCACUGUUAAAAUCUAGUAUAUCAGUAUGAUAUUAAAUGUCAGUGCUGUGUCAUGAUACUAAUGGCAUGAAUUCAAACAAUACAUUUUAUAUCUGCAACUUCGUCAGGCCAAUAUUCUGCAGUUAAAGGGAGAAUUUAAUAUUUAGGAAAGCUUAGAAGGUUAAUCAGGAAGUAGAGAGUACAUGCAAAUGAUUCUUUGUCACAAUGAACCCUUUAUUGGUGAGGCUGUCAUGGUCUCCAACUCUUACUAUGUCAGACCUAGCAUCUAUUAUUUUAAGCCUGCAGAUCUGAAAUGAUUGUAGGCUCUUUCCCACCCUUUCAUCAGUUCCUCCAAAGAAAAAAAGAGCUUGGGUUCUGAGGUUUAUGCCUUGAUGAGAAAGACUCUUUUCCAAUAACUCCCAAGAGGGUAUGUUUGGCUUGCUGAUUUUCUGAAAUGCUUCCCACCUGACAAAUCCUAAGUGAAGUCUUUUUAGAGUAGUCACACUAUGAUUAUAACGUUAGCCUAAUGCACAAUAUUAAAGUUUAGAGUUGGAAAAGCAAUAUGUUGCAAGUAUCUUAGAUAAUCACAGAAUUGGCAUAUUUUUUAGUUUAAAGGUUAGAAAACACAGGAGUCAUGCUCCACAGAUACGGAUGCUAGGGAGGGGGACCUGCCCAAUACGGAUUCCCAUUGUCUUUUCCUCUCUCUUAGCUCUAUGAAAAAGUAUGAAAAGUAAACCACUGCUUGAGCUACUUACAGUAAAUUAACUCUCAGGGAGCCCUCUCCUGGUUCUUUACUCUGCACAAUAAAAGAACUGUUGGGACCUUGAAAGUUGAAUGCCUUUAGGCCAGGAUGCUAAAGACAUGUUUUAUUUCAACAGUGUGGUGUAAGUACUUGAAUGUCACACUAUAAGACCAAAGUUGGAGACAAUGUUUCUUCUCCCAACUUCUACAGGAUGUAAUUCUUAAACACUUUUAUAAUGUCCGAGGCAUAUACCAGGAUAUGUAUUGUAACAAUUAAGGGUGUGUGUAUUUUGCAAAGAUUGUAGUUUCUAUAUCUUACAAAUGAAAAUAUUUUCAUAACUUGUUUUUAUUUUGUAACUACUAAUAAAAUUAAUAUGAAAGCUA